CCCCCCCCCCUUCGCCUUCUUCUGGUUUCCCUCCUCUCUCCCUCCGCCUCCGCCUCAUCAAGAUAAGGCUACAUGACCAUGCUUCCAGAAGCUUCUGGAACCUCGCGCUGAGUGAGACCCAACCGCCGGCGCCCGCUAAUGCAGAGGCUGCAUGAGUAGUCGCGCUGCCGCCGCCGCCGCCGUCGCAGCAGCAGAGGAGCGCCGUCGCCGCCGUCGCAGCAGCAGAGGAGCCAUAGGGAUGCUCGCCGCCGCCUCCGCUCUCCUCGCCUCGCCGCAGGCGCCACUGGGACAUCGGUCCCUCUCCGGCGCUUGGAGGCUGCGCCUGAGGCCCGCCUCCCCCGGCGUCGCCGCGCUCAGGCUACACAAUUUUGUCCCAAAGUGUUACAUAGCGAAGGUUGAGGUUGAUGUUAGCAAUGUAAAUAAAGAAGAGGCUUUCGACGAUCACCCACCACUGCCACCGGGCUGUUCCAUUCCAGUUGUUCCAUUCCGAGGAGAUGUUCUAGAUUCUAGUCCUUUCCCGCUGCAUGAUAGGGCUUCCUGUCCUUCUGAUUUCGAAGAGUUGCCAGUCUUAUCUGAAGGAGAGCAACAUACAUUGGCCUCCACUCCAGCUCAUCCUGCUGGACUAUAUUCUCUAUAUGCCAGUUACUUAUUUGGUAACUUGGUGGAACAACUAUGGAAUUUCGCUUGGCCUGCUGCCCUGGCAAUUCUGCAUCGAAGCCUAUUGCCUGUGGCUAUUGUCGGUUUCUUCACAAAGCUCUCAGUGUUUAUUGGGGCACCAAUAGUUGGCAAACUUAUGGAUCAUUUCCCUCGAAUACCCAUGUACACAGCAUUGAAUGCUGUCCAGGUUGCCACUCAGUUGAUAUCAGCUACAAUGGUCAUCUAUGCUCUCACAAAUGUGAGCCAUGCAUCUACAACAGCCGUGGUUCUCAGACCUUGGUUCAUUGCUCUAGUGGCAGCUGGAGCUAUUGAAAGACUUGCAGGGUUGGCAUUAGGAGUUGCCAUGGAGCGGGACUGGGUUGUGCUGUUAGCAGGAACAAACAGACCUGUUGCAUUAGCCCAAGCUAAUGCUGUGCUUAAUCGACUUGAUCUUCUAUGUGAGACAGUUGGUGCUUCAGCUUUCGGCCUUCUGCUGUCAAAAUACCAUCCUGUGACCUGUUUGAAGAUUGCCUGUGGUCUAAUGAUAUGCAGUUUUCCUGUUCUGGUUAUGUUGGGUCAACUAAUUAACAUUGUCUCCUGUCAUGCACUUGAUUCCUCUAGAACCGCCACUGAUGAAGCUAUUUGUAUUGAUCUAUUGGAUGUCCGCAAGAUAGUUCAAAAUAGCUUGAGUGCAAUCAGACAUGGCUGGAAUGAGUAUAAGCAGCAGACAGUUCUACCUGCAAGUGCAGCUACGGUGUUCCUAAAUUUCAAUGUUGCACUUGCUCCGGGUGCCAUAAUGACUGCAUUACUGAUGCAUCGUGGUAUUAGCCCGUCCAUUGUUGGUGCUUUCAGUGGAUUGUGUUCUAUCAUGGGCCUUGUUGCAACAUUCAUCUCCUCAAGUCUGGUGAAGAGAGUUGGAAUUCUGAAGGCAGGAGCCGCUGGAUUGAUAUUUCAAGCAUCACUCCUGUCAGUUGCUCUCACAGUGUAUUGGGCUGGUUCAAUUUCGCAACAGACACCUCUACAUAUUUUCCUCGCUUCCAUUGCAUUGUCACGGUUGGGCCACAUGUCUUAUGAUGUUGUGGGGACACAGAUCGUCCAAACAGGUGUUCCUGCUUCAAAAGCAAAUCUUAUCGGCGGAAUGGAGGUUUCAAUUGCAAGCCUUGCAGAGUUAGUCAUGCUUGCUAUGGCUAUUAUUGCGAACGAUGUUUCCCAUUUCGGCUUCUUGGCAAUCCUGUCCGUGUCAUCAGUUGCUGGGGCAGCAUGGAUGUUCUGUCAGUGGUUAGCAAAUCCUACUGAUGAGCAGAGGGAACUCUUCAUGUUCGAUCCCCUUUACCAAGUUCAAGCAAUAUAGUAGAUGAAGCAUGAUGCUCCAACACAGCCAGGAAAACAGUAGGUGCCUAGUUGGCUGCUGGUGCUGGUCCUGGACUCCAAAGAGGAUCUGCAAUACCCUUAAGUUGAUCUGAAGAGAUGCUGUGACAUUUUGGUUCAAUACGGCAUACACUUAGGACAGAAGCAUGUGCCCCUCUUAGUCUCAGCCAUGCGUAGAACACAUAAUUCAAUUUGCACUCAUUUUUCCUCCCCACCUAUUGUACAGUACAGCUACGAUCAGUUUAAUUGUUACUUGUUAUAGGUGAUGUAGAUCAACAUUAACAGUCAAAUUUAGUAUUAAAAUCAAUAAACUUUACACCCCCGCCCCCCUUCUCUCUGUAAUACUGCAAAUGUGUAACUGAAUACUGUAGUGAAUGUUGUGUCUUCUCUCUUC